AUGAGGACAAGCCUCAAACGAGGACAGAUCUCAAACGAGAACAGAGCUCAAGCGAUGACAGGUCUCAGACGUGGGCAGGGUUCAAAUGAGGACAAGCCUCAAACGAGGACAAACCUCAAACAAGGACAGGUCUCAAACGAGGACAGGUCUCAAAGGACGACAGGUCCCAAACGAGUACAAGCCUCAAACGAGGGCAGGUCUCAAAUGAGGACAGGUUUUAAACGAGUACAGGUCUCAAUAGAGGACAGGCCUCAAACAAGGACAUGUCUCAAACGAGGACAGGUCUCAAACGAGGACAGGUCUCAAACGAGGACAGGUCCCAAAUGA